AGUACACUUCGCGCGGUUCUGACAGAAUAGUUGCCCCGUCCCUGCACAACAACACGUCGCGGUUUGUCAGUGCGCAGAACGGCCGUCAAAUACCAGGCAACACCUGUCACAGCUGCGGCCCGGUUGCCGUCAUUGCAUAAAGCCAAGCCGACGGCGCGGCGCGAGCAGAGUUCAGCCAUGUUCCGCGACACGACCGCGGCACUGGCAGCAUGGGUGAUGGUGCUUCUGAUGGUGACGACGAACGUCGCCUCGGGCGCGUCCACAACUGACGUCAUCUGCCACUACGACGACAUCGGUCCUACGGUGCGGUGCCGCCCUGUGCCUGACGCCUGCCACAGUCAUUCAGAGUGCGGCCCCAGCUACGGCUGCUGCUAUUACGUGUGCAACAAGUCAUGCCGCCCCACCUGUUCGGCCCAGUGUGAAGCGGGCACACGCUGCACACUGGACGCGGGCGGCACCACAGCCUCCUGUCAACCGUUCGUUCCGAUCUAUCGCUGAAUCGUAUGGCGUUAAAGCUGAACUUAAACGGUGCAUGUCACGGCUGCUGUCGUUAUGCGGUCGCGAUGGGGAUCUGAUCGGAGGUUAGACGGAACAUAUUGCUGACCUGCCUCCGUGUCCACCAGUGAGAGGCUGCAAGUAUAUGCAACGCGUGUGUAGAAUGUAGCUGCACAACAAGAGUGAAUAAUAUGGGCUUAAUUUGAUUUUCACAGUGGGUUAAUGCACUGACAUUUUCUAAGAUUUCUAGUGACCGUGUGUGUUUUUAAUAUAUACCUUAUUAUCCGACAAGGAAAGGGUUUACAUGACAUUUCAUCAACGAUCAAGACCGAAGCUGCGUGUAUCCAACUAAGAAUGAGUUAUGAUGUGAGACUCGACUACAUUUUUUGGCCACGCCUUCAAUACUCCCACAUUAUAGGACAGCAUCCUACAGCAUAGCCACCCACGAGGAUCGUUUGAGGGCGUUUUACGCGGGCUGCGCCAUUUUGACUUACGUUAGUACUAUGAAGAACAAUGCGGGCUUUGGGGAUCAUUUGAUUUAAGCAUCAUUCAUCGUCGAUCAUGUUUGAGUUUGUUAGCUGUUUUAGUACGGCAUAGCUAAGAAGAGGGACGCAGAUGAACAGGGCGAAGCCAAAAUGUGGGAAUUUGUUUUGUCGUAUGUGCGUCAGACAUGCCAACGAAUGGUUUCAAAAGCUUCGAAAAGUUUCGGAAAGAAUAGAUCUGACAUACGUGUCCAUAGAAAAAACCGAAUCUUGAUUGUAGACAGCCAAACGCUAUGUUAGCAGAAAAUUCGUCU